GCCGUAGCGCCUACUCGAGCAGAAACGACUGCUCUUAAAAUGAGUAGAAUGUUUCUCACGGAGAGCAGGUUGGAAACCCCAGAAAGGUUGUACCAGAUCCACUUCAAGCUGUUAGAUAUAGAAAGGUAUCGAGAAACACCAUGCUGUCUACUGUGCUGUGUGUGAUUGCGCUGGUUCUCCUCGUUGCAUUUUACAGGCAACGGAGGGAGAAGAUGCAAGUGUUCGGGCGGAUGGGAAUACCUGGCCCAGGACCGCAUUUUUUGUUUGGGAAUCUGUUAUCAUUUUUCCGCAAGAGUUUUUACAUUAAAUACCAGGAAUGGUACAGAGAGUAUGGGAAAACAUUCGGGUACUUUGAGGGUCCCACUGCCGUACUGGUUACUACAAACCUGGAACUGUUACAUGAAGUGUUUGUCAAACAAUUCAAAAAAUUCCAUGCAAGAAAAGUUUUUCCUGUUCAAGUGGAUCCUGAUAGGGAUGAAAAUGUCCACAUGUUUUUUGCUAGAGGCGAGCGAUGGCGACGUCUAAGAUCCAUCAUCAAUCCAGCCUUCAGUACAACGAAAAUGCGUAACAUGACGCCGAUGAUAAAUACUCGAAUUGAUCAUCUCAUGGAGGUAGUGGAUACCUAUGGACGAAACAGAGACGAUUUCGACGUGUACGAUGUGUUUCAAAGGCUUACUAUGGACACUAUAGCGCAAUGUGGACUUGGUCUUGAAAAUAGCUCCCUAAAAAAUCCAGACGACUGCUGGCUUAAACAUUCCCGGAAGGUCAUUACGGACACAACGAAGCGUCCAUUGCUCUUUCUUCUCGGAUUCAUUUUCCCCAAAUUUCAUGAGUUAUGGAUUACUAUAUACAAGCUUCUUGGCUAUUUGUCAUUCAACCCAGUAUUUUGGUUAGAAAAAAUGGUCAAAGAAAUCGUCGACAGGAGAAAAGAUUCACAGGAAACUAAAGUCGAUCUGCUUCACUUGAUGCUGAACUCUGAGUACGAUCCUGCUACUGGCAUUGAGGAGUUGGACGCCACAGACAAAGUGGUUCGGAAAAGACUUCUUACCACAGAGGAGCUGACAGCCCAAUCUCUCCUUUUUCUGUUGGCGGGGUAUGAGACAACCAGCACUACUCUUGCAUAUAUUUUUUACGAAAUGGCUGUCAACCCAGAGGUUCAGGCCAAACUCCAGGAAGAAAUAGACAGAUACUUCCCAGACCAGGCAGAUAAUCCGAGCUAUGAAGCUAUCCAACGGAUGGAGUAUCUUGACAUGGUUUGGUGUGAAACACUGAGAAAAUGUCCACUGGCUAGCACUGUUGUGGCUCGUGAAUGCAUGGAAAAUUGCACGAUUGAAGGGGUCAAGCUUACCAAAGGAAUGCUCAUACAUGCUAAUGUAUGGGCUCUUCAUUAUAACGCCGAAUUAUGGGGAGAGGAUCCGGAUCAAUUCGUGCCCGAAAGGUUUACAGCAGAGCGCAAAAAGAUGAGAAAUCCAAUGGCCUGGAUGCCCUUCGGAAGUGGGCCUCGAACUUGUGUUGGUCUACGACUGGCCCAAUUACAGGGGAAAAUGGCAAUGAUUAGAUUGUUUAAAAAAUACACAGUGGUCCCGUCCGAGAAACUCUCUAUCCCUCUCAAGUACGUGGAGGGAGCAACAAUCAUUCCUAAAGACGGGGUGUCUAUUAGAGUGAUAAGAAGAAACAUCGAUGCCAGUAGAUAAUUCUGACUCAAUGUGCGUUAACAUGGAGUCGCAGUGGAUUUGGUUAAAAUCCAACAUGUUAUCUACAAGCUGUCAGACACCGUUUACCGUAUCCCGGUCAGUAGUAGUGACUGUAUGUGCAAUAGUUCCUCGCAACAAUAUCUUUUGGGAAGUGACGUUGCUUGAGAGCAGUAUUCUCAGAACUAAACACCGGAACUUGUUAACUCUAAAUCGUCAUAGUUCGCAGCAUGGACGUGAAAUAUCGUGUUAUUGACUUACACAAACUAAUGCAUUAUAAAGCUGAACAUGAGAAAUUUAUGAACCUGUGUACUUUGCUCUAUGUGUAUGAUGUGGACGGCGUUUAUAAAGGUUCACAUAUGGACUGAACAGUGUUUCACAUACCAGUACCGUAUGUAUCAAUUGAAUAAGUACUGCGUUCUUGUUACAAUAUUCUUUAAAAUGACACAAACAUGACAAUGUUUAACAUGUGUCCGACACCCUGAAUGAAACAAGUUGACAUUAUCGGUUGAAUGAAGACAUUCCAUAUCAUGGUACAGUAGUGGUCAGUGUAGCGGUCAAUUUGAAAUGAAAUGGACAAAAUGCAUUGCCCAUCUGCUUGUGUUGGGAUAGCUAAACCUUCGAAUGGUCAGCGCAGCAAAUGUUUUUUUUUCUUUCUGGUGCCUUUUUGUAAAUUAUAUUUUCGUUUCACGUUGUCAGUUAGCGAGUGUUUACUGUUUGUGAUUGAUAUUAGUGGAUACAAGCUGAUAUAUUGUCUGUGCAGGUUGUUUUGUAUCCGACUUGUGAUUGAUGUUGACCUUAUAGCAUCAAGCUUGUAUGUGAGUUAUUAUAUCUUGCCAGUGUCAUCAGCUAUGAUGUGAGAGAGUAAGAAUUAUUAUUUCCCCAACUUAUGCUAAACAUCUUGUUAUGGUCUUAUCGUGUUAGUUAUAUAACACAAACACUAAACUCAUGCAACACAAGAAAUGCAUUGAAAGGGCUGCAUACAUCACUUAUCAAAGAUUCAGCUACUAUGAAUAUCCCUUGUUGCAAAUAUCGUUUAUCAAAGUUGCAAAUGUCUUUUAUCGGAUAUUCCGUCUUUUCGUAUUGAAGAGUUAUCUGAUCUUGUGAGCAGUUAUUGAUUGUUGUGUCAUUUGUCUGUGAGAGUAACGUCAUCAAUUUUUGAGAAAACGACUUAAAUUU